GAUCGUCUGUCCAGAUCGUUAGUUACGGGAUUAAGAAACUAACAGAUUUGAAAGGAAGAGAAAAAGUUAGAACAGGAACUUAGAAUAGCGAAUGGGAAAAAACAAAAGAAAAGGAAAUUAAUGGAAACUGGAAUAACAUCAUCCCCAUACCUCGACUUGGUGCUACUGCAUACGGUUGGUUCCAAAUCGACGUUAUCGGUCUAUCAAUGUUAUGGAGGACUCUUAAAUCUUCGGUUUUCUCUUUGCUUAUUUCCAAUUUGGGUUGUUGGUCAGUUCAUCAGUGGGUUAACUACGAAUUAUUCUUCACCUGAUUAGCAGGAGGAGGAGAGAUGAUAACAAUGAUGUUCAAA